CUGCCUGCUUCCCACGAGAGACGGCUCUCCCCUCGCUGCUGCUUGUGUUGGCACCGCGGACGCUAGUACUUUGGUCUCGAACGGUCUUUGACAAGAUGACAAAGAAGUCGCUGACCGGACGGCCAACGAGCGACUAUGGUCCAUCAAAGACGGGUUUUGUAUUCGUGACGAUCACUUUCCCGCCCAUUGAGAGAGUGGGCCGGAAGUACUUGCUCGCGUGGAAGAAGAAGCGCGACACGUACGACAAAGCCGUACUCGAGCACUCGAAGGCGACGGGUGUCCCGGUCAAGGUCUACAACAAGAAGUGGAUUGACUCGAUCGAGCGCGGUCUCUUGGAGUCGGUGUGUAUGCUCAAGUGGGAUAUUGACAUCGACGACCUUACGGAGAAGGAGUUUCAACGUCGCUUGACGGAUUUGAUGCAUGAGCGCGCGAACGAUGACAUACACCUGACCCGCUCGACCCACGACUACGUCGUUUUCUUUCAAGGGCUCCAGAUCAAGUACGACGCGGACGAAGACGUCUUUGGGCAGGUGGCCACGUUUAUCACGGACGCCCAAACAAUCAUCGAGACCCACGCCCUGCAAGAAGAUAUGGAGACCUUGGGGCCGCGGAAAGCAAUCCUCAAGAUCAUCACCGAUCAGCUCGAGCCCGCGCAGCUGCGCAAUGCGAUGCGUGACGAGCUACGCAUCCACAAGUUUGACUCGUUGUACACCUACGCCAAGCCGCUCGAGGCUCACAUGACGACCCUCGCGGCAGUAAAAAAGUUCUUUUCUAUCAGCGAAGAAGGGACGAAGCGGAAGGCCCGCGAGGGCGAGGGCGCUGUACGUGACAAGUUCAAAACGCGCAAGCGGCGCGGCGGCAAGAAGCCUUUUGCGGGGAGGACGAACGCCCCAAGUGCGCCCAAACCGAGUGGUCCCCAAGGUGGCAAGAAACAAAUCGAGCGCGGUGCCAAGGCCAAGCUCGUGGCCGUUCAACGCCGUCGGAAGCGCCGCCGUUGAGCUAUAUUGUGGACCGCGGGCACCACCGACAGGAUCGAACCAAAUAAUCCAUAGACAUGAGGUUGCAUGUGUCAUCAUCAAG